GGUUGCAUGAGUCGCGGAGGGGUGGGCGGCGCAAGGUUUGGCCGCCGUCACCACCCACUCCACCGCGACGACGCCAGCCGCACGAGUGCGGAGUGCUGCAGCCGCCGGCUCCCUUCUGCUGCAGCAGCUUCCAGUUCUUCUUGGUCGCCUCCUUUAUUCCACCCCCCCCCCCCCGCGUGAAUCUUGUGAAGGACUCCAGCGCGAGAUGCAGGCGGUGAGAGGGUUGGUGCUGCGGCACCUGCGGCUCGGGUGCCGCCGCGCGCCGCCCGCCAUCGCUGCCCGAGGAGACUACGGGUGGCCAAACUGCGGGUUCGCUCGGGGGAUGAGCGCUCCGGCGGACCAGGACGGUGGAGGAGGUAGCUCCGAGGGCGCCGUCAGGGCGCGCGUCGUCGACCUGGUCAAGAAGUUCGACAAGAUCGACGCCGACAAGGUCUCGACCGGUGAGCCGAUCGCAGCACGGCCGGUGGUGAGCGAGGAGGAGCGGCAGCGCUCGGCUCCCGCGGAGGGCCGUGCUGGCGAUGGGCCAUGUCCAAAAUGGCGAGCGCACAUGCAUGCACGGAUCGAGGGGAAGCUCAUUGUGGGUCGUAUUUGGAAGGAGGAGCUGGGACGCGGCGGUGAGUCGGUGAAGUCGGGGUGUAGCUCACGGGUGUUGGGGAAGAAGGCCUCGCGAGGCUUGGUCCGGCGGGGAUUCCGUAGGCAAUGGAGGGGAAAGCCUCCCACGAGCUUCCUCUGUGCUCCUGGGUGCUCGGCCUGGGCGGAUUUGCGCUUGGCUCAUCGGAUUUGGGGCGGCGGCGGCCAUAGGAGGGGGUGAAAAGGAGAGAUGAAAGGAAUAAGACAAGGGCAGGGUUGAAGGUGAGGGUAAUUUUGUCAAAUACAUGCAAAAUGUAUGCCAAUGGCACCGUUACAAUUACAAAUAACGAGCAAUGGCAUGUUUCCAAAUACAUGAAUAGUAAUGGCAUAUUUCAAAAUAGGCAAAAUUAUAAUGGCAUGAAUCUAAUUAACCCUUCUUUUUUCCCCUUU